CGUAGCUGAGGCACGGAGCACAGACGCUCCUCUCCCGCUCUCGUGCGCUUUGGCGGAGGAGAGGGGGUAAGGGAAUAAAUGUCAGCAAAUUAGUUAUGACAAGCCGGGGAUAAACAGACACAAGAAUGAAGGCAAGACCUCUGGGAGAGAGAACGAGAAGUGCGAAGAUUUAAAGCCUCUAAAAAUACCCGCCACUCUGGAGACUGCCCUGAUAACAUCUAGCCCUUUUCAUCUCGGCUAGCGGGUCUCUUGGCUUUUUUUUUUCCGCCCGUCCUGCCUGCCCUGGUGCGGGUGACCGCUGGAUACCUGUUCUGUUCCCCUGGGAUUAAAAAUGACUUAAGAUUCAAUCAACGGUGGAAGAGAGAGCGAGAGAGAGAUGAAAAAAAGAGGCGAUUGUCCUCUGAAGAUACUCAGCUGCAUACAGCUGGUGAGGGAGCGAUAGAGAGAGAAAAGAGAAGGAGGGAUAGAUAGAGAGGGAGUGUGAAGGAAAGAAAGAAGGUCUCUUCUCUUUUAAAGUGACUGGUCACGCUUCCUUUUUCCUUAGGAAUAUUCUACGUACGAGUCUCAAAGUGCCUGGGAAACAGGGACAGGUGUGCUGCGGGACACGCGGGACACGCGGGACACGCGCCACGCCUCCGCCACCGCAGCUCGAGGGGGGGGGGGGCAGGAGGCGAGAGAGGGGGAUGAGAACAAAGGCCUGAUCAUCAGCGGGACAACAGGGAACAUGACCCCCCGCACGCGUGCACACCUGGAAUGAGGGAUAAAGCGUGCGUGGGGGAGAAGAGAACGAGACAAAGAGGAGAAAUGAACAGAUGAGGAGCGGAGGGAGGUGAGAGAGAAGUCGCUGGGAGGACGACAGCAGCAGGUGAAGCAUGUCGGGAGGAGCGCGGUGUGCGCGCAAGGGCCUCCGGUGAGGGGCCUUCACCGUGGAACAUUCUGGAAAGAAGGAGAAUGAAGUCAGGCGUUACGUUUGCGGCCACGCUGAAAUGGAUCCCAGCGUGCGACUGCAGGCCUAACGCGGCCUAAAUCCCACGCCUGCCCCGCUCCACGUGUGUGAAGGGAGGAUGAAAACACAGACAAUCUGGUCCUGAAUAGAGGAUACACAUCCAAGGCUGGACAAGUUGACAAGAAAAACCCACCCCACAUACAAGGACACACACACACACACACACACACACGUGCGCGCGCGCGCGCGCACACACACAGACGAACGCCUGGAAAUGACAAGCUGACUGAGUUCUGGGACAGUCACAGACAUGCAAGUCACUAUGGAUGGCUGUUCCACUCCAGCAAUGCUGAGCUCCAUCAGAGGCAGAGAUGGCUGUUCUGAGCCAGAUUAUGACCUAUGGGAGCAGGGUGGAUCGAUGCUGCAAAAGGAAAGAAGACAGGAGCUGUUUCAGCUGUUCAGCUCUCAGGGGCAGACGACGGAAAGAAGUUGUGCGCGCCAAGUGAAACACUGAGAAAGAACAAAGCUGAGGAGGCAGGCAGAGGAGGGGAACACUGCGGGAGGACAGAGCGUUAAAGCAAGGUCACACACAAGGUCUGUGGAUUAAUUCCCUUUCUACCAUGCAAGACUCCCUACCCCCACAAUCACGAAGAUCACUCCCACCCCUCAUUCUACGCCACCAUCAGAGUAACACGCGCUCCUCCUCUCUCUCUCUUCAUCCAUCCAUCCAAUCUCAUCCACCCCUUCUCAAGUCCUCCCACAAACCCACCCCUCCCCAUGUCCUCACACCACCAUCCCCAUCUCUGUGUCCAAAGUACAACUGCGGUUACUUGGCCGCCACCACAUCACCUGCAAGCCCACCUCUGCCCUCCCUCCAUUGGCUGACCCUGGUCGCAUGUGCCUGCUUACUUCCUGUCCUGAUUGGACGACUUCCUGGUGCUGUAGCGGGGGAGACGUGGGGUGUAGUCUCUGCGUGCCCUUUCCACUGCGUGUGCAGGAAUCUCUCAGAAUCACUGAGUACACUCUGUGCGGACAAAGGACUCCUCUUUGUUCCACCGAACAUCGACCGUCGUACCGUUGAGCUUCGCCUUGCGGACAACUUCAUCCGAGAGGUGGGUGGGGCAGACUUUGCCAAUAUGACUGGACUGGUGGAUCUGACACUGUCCCGAAACACCAUCAACCACAUAAAACCAAUGGCAUUUGGAGACCUUGAGAGCCUCCGCUCAUUGCAUCUCGAUGGAAAUCGGUUGACAGCACUUGGUUCAAGGGACUUAGUAGGUAUGCUGAACUUGCAGCACCUCAUCCUCAACAACAACCAGCUCAUUAACAUUUCCUCUGAUGCCUUUGAUGACUUUCUACUCACGCUGGAAGACCUGGACCUGUCUUACAACAAUCUGCGCAAAGCCCCCUGGGAUGCCAUUCAAAACAUGGCCAGCUUGCACACUCUAAACCUUGACCACAAUCUCAUUGACCAGAUUGCAGAGGGUUCCUUUGGUGAGCUCUACAAGCUUGCUCGAUUAGACAUGACCUCAAACCGCCUUCAGACUCUACCGCCUGAUCCCCUGUUUGCGAGAUCCCAGACAGGGGUGAUCAGCCCUACCCCCUACAAUGCGGUAGUCAGCUUGAACUUUGGGGGAAACCCCUUGCACUGUAACUGUGAACUGCUCUGGUUGCGUAGGCUUAUUAGGAACGACGAUAUGGAGACCUGCGCCACGCCAGUGCACCUUGCCGGACGGUAUUUCUGGUCAAUACCUGAGGAGGAGUUCACCUGUGAGCCUCCGCUUAUCACUCGACAUACGCACAAACUCUGGGUGUUAGAGGGCCAGCGGGCGACGCUCAAGUGCCGCGCUAUUGGCGACCCCGAGCCAGUGGUGCACUGGGUGUCGCCCGAUGACCGGAUUAUUGCCAAUUCCAGCCGUACCAUGUCAUUCCGGAAUGGGACACUGGAGCUUCUGGUGACUGUUGCCCGUGACGAUGGUGUCUACACCUGCAUUGCGAUUAAUGCUGCAGGUGAAGCCACUGCUACGAUUGACCUUAAGGUCAUCCCACUUCCUCAUCGGGGGAAUGGGACGGUACCUUUGGCCCGUGACCCAGGUUCAUCAGACAUAACCCGGGGGAAGGUAUCCAAUGGACAAAGCCCCAGCCAAGACGCUAGUGCAGAGCCCCAGGAUGGUAGAGAGGAUGUGGAAACAGAGGCAGAGGAUAGAGGGAGUGACAGAGGAGAGAUCCAGCUUGUGGAAGUGCAGGGGAUAACCUCAACCUCAGCUCAGGUGCGGUGGGAUAUAGGGCGACUGUUAGCAGCAUAUCUGGUUUGGAUGUACCAGAUACAGUACAACUGCACCGCAGAUGAAACCCUGGUGUAUCGAAUUCUGCCAUCCACAAGUAACAGCUUCCUCCUGAAGAACCUGGUGUCUGGAGCGGACUACAACCUGUGUGUCCUGGCCAUUUUCGACGACACCGUCACCUCGAUGGCUGCCACGAAGGUUCUGGGGUGCGCCCAGUUUAGCACCAAGGACAAUUACCCUGACUGCCGUUCACUUCAGGCCCACUUUCUGGGCGGGACCUUAACUAUUCUGGUGGGAGGCGUGGUUGUAGUAACGCUGCUGGUGUUUACAGUGGCGCUAAUGGUACGCCACCGGGUCUGCAGUAACCAUGACGAGCACCUCGAUGUUGGGGAUGAGGCCAGAUGCUCAGUAUCGGACUCCCCGUCUCUUUCAGCCAAAGGGGCCAACGUUUUCCCUCAGAGCAAUGGGAACGGAGACGUAAUGAUGGUGGUCCUACCUAACGGGAUGCUUCAAAAACAAAGAGGGGUGGGAGGAGGGGCGGGGCCUUCGUCUAAGCCACCUCCCACUCAGAAACCUAAAACACUGCCCAAGCCCAAGGUGGAUCUGGACCUCCUGAAAGUGGGGCUUGAAGGAGGAAUUGGGUCACAGAGGGCACUUCCACCUUACACUCCCGAGACCGAGCGAAUGCCAAUGUACUACACCCCCAAGAACCCAUUCCCAUCCACACUGCCACGCCAAUCAUGUCAAACAGGGGCGGGGCUGAGCAAACUCCAGUCCGCAAGCAGAGACGUAGCAAAGCGGGCUAGCUUUAGCCUAGCCCCGCCCCCGCACUAUAACACUGACUUCCGAGAUAGGCGGUUCAGCACAGGCGGGGCUUUGGUAGUCAGGCGAGCAGCCACGGACAGCCAAUGGAACUCCUCCUUGGCCUACCAGAGCCCCAGCCUGGGCCGCCGCAGGCACGGUGCUGCGCGGCACAAGCGCAGCUCCUCCUUCGACAUGGGCAACAUGGCCUCCACUGCCACCUGCUAUGGCUAUGCCAAGCGGCUGAGCGUCAUGUGGUCCAAGCGCAGCCAGUCGCUGCACGGCAUGCUGGUUCAGUACGCCUCCACCGCCAGCACGUCCGCCGGCUGCGGGGGCGGCGGGGAGCUCCGCCUGCGGCCCACCCGUGCCUACCUUCUCGCCCACGGCACCGCGGACUCCGACUCGGGCGGCCGGGCCGGAGGCCUAGCGGGAGACGAAGGGGAAAAGGAGGAGAAUGGGGCAAAGAAAGGGGAAGAGCUGGAGGAAAGCGUGGUGUAGGGACAGAGGCAGCAGCAAGCGACUCUACGAAACCCAGAGCCUGGGAAAAUGGGGGGGGGGGGCCAGCUGCUG